GUUCAGUGGGCAGAAGGCUGUUUGCUCAGUGGAUUGAAGAUUGCACAGAAGAUCCACGGAUCUUUCGGAUCUUCUUGACUGUCACAAAAGGACAUUCUUUCUUUUACAAGCCACCGCACGGAAGACCCAACAAGCCGACGUAAAAGGCUUCUCAUAGAUGACUCACAGAGCACAGACAUCAUCAUCAAGUACGGUACCCUUGGCAUCUAUCUUAUCCAACCAACCCCAUUUGCCACAACCAGACAACCGAAAAGCGAGUAUAUAUAUCACCAUCAUAGCUUUGCUCUAGCUAGAGAAUCUUCCGGUACGGUAUACCAUCCAAAUAAUGAGACAACCAAGCCUGGCAUCUCUUGCCCUAUUCCUAUUCUUACUGCUGCAUGUUGUACCAGAAGAAGUAUCGGGUCAGUUUUGGGCGCGAGAAGGUGCCAAAGAAAAGGGAGACCACGAAGAAGUAGUUCACGGCGGCGACGACGAGAAUUCUCAAAAGAUCCAUCUUCCUGUAGUCAAACUCUCCAAUGAUAAUACCAUUCCAUUGGUUGGGUUGGGUGUGGGGAACUUGCAGCACUACGUGGUACCACUCAUGGUGGCGGGUGCAAUUCAGGACGACAAACGAACACGGCUCAUUGAUACAUCGCAUAUCAGCGACAAUGAACACCUCGUGGCAGAGGGGAUCCAGGAAGGGAUGGAACGGGUCUUGGGCGGCAACGACAGAAUAGUGACAAUCCAUGUCGUCACCAAGGUAUGGUAUACCUAUUUGGGAUACGAACGCACAAAACUAUCCAUUCGAGAAUCCUUCCAAGCCUUGAAAUCUGCCAUGGACCAUCCCAGGGUAGACCUCAAGGUACACAUCUUAUUGCACUGGCCGCGCUGUUACGACAACAUUUCAUGGAUGAGUUGUCAAGAAGAUGAAGCACGAACACCCCACCAUAUCAAAGCGGCAGGACCUCCACCCCAUCAAGACAAGGAUGCUUGGAAGGGCAGUUGGAAGGCACUGGAAGAAGCAUAUCUGGGGGACGAGUUUCCCAUUCGCAGUAUUGGAGUGGCCAAUUUUCACUUAAAAGACAUGGAAGAACUAGAGGAGUUGGCACAAGUACAGCCACACAUUUUGCAACUCAAUGUCUGGUCACUCCUAUACGAUUCACAGCUCAUUGACUAUUGCUACAAGCACGGAAUUCAUGUACAGGUAUACAGCAUCUUGAAUGGAAUUGUCACGGAACCACAAAAGGCACCCAAUGCAUUUCAUCAUUUGCAAAAGGUCGCAUCCGAAUUGACCGACGACAAACAACCACACAGCCAACAGGAACAAGAAGAAGACGAAGUGUCACCCGCGCAAGUCGUCUUGGCAUGGCUGGUACAGCAUGGAGUGUCCAUUGUUCCACGAACAUCACGGCUCAGUCGAUUGAAGGAAAACUCGGCCGUGGCACUGGCAUCGGUGCCGGAUCUGUCCGUGGAACAAGUGGAAACCGUGGCCCAUUCGGUCGAGGCAUUUUUAAGUGAGGAUGAUUUGGAAAAGGAUAUUCACGUCAAAAUUACCUUUCAUGCCACCACAAAGGAUACCUUUUUGUAUUGGAACACACACGAUGGGGGUGAAAUUAAAGUGGCAUUUAUUCCAAAGGGAGAGAGCUUCAAUGAAAUGACAUAUCCCAAUCAUAGCUUUCGACUAUACGAUGCACGGAACAAGGACCACUUUAUAGAGUACAAGGUGGACGCCAAAUUUGGAUCGCAUGAACAUGUUCAUGCGGAACUGUAAAACGAAAGAAGAAGAAGAAGAGACAAUAAUACACACACUUGUAGAUAGGGAAUUGAUUACAGUCUCAUCGCUGCUGCGCGUUUUUCGGUGGGAUGAUGGUCACAGCUAUCUAUCUACCCUGAUGAGUUGCCUUUUUGAGCACAGCAACUCUCAAUGUGUAUUUGUUUUAUUCAUUCAAGUUUCCCUUGUGAUCCGCAUUGCAUCGAUUUCCAACUCAAGGCUGACGCAGUCGCGUUCCAUCGUGUCAGAGGAAGAGGCAAUCAAACGGCUUGGAACGACGUCAAAAGGCAAGCAAUACGAAGGCUAGUGCGACAAUCGUCUUCAAAUCCGCUGCGGAUGGACAGCGACCACCACAGCGGUUGUAAAGCCCAACGAGAAGGAGCUACUGUACGGCACGCAGUAGCCAACUACCGGUGCUGUGCUGUGGCCAAGUACUUCGAUGAUUCUGUUUCCUCUUGUUUCACUCGCUCUCCCUCUGGGGCUCCUUUAGCUUGUCUCUUCUCCAUGUCCUACAUGCACCUUCCUAGGCAUAGCCGGACUUUUCAGCCAAGAUGUGCAUGAAACGACGAGCGCCGCUGAAGGAGGCCCAGGCCAAGAGUCGGAUGAAGAGUUCCUCGUCUUCGUCGCAGUCCUCAGGGACAGCUUUGGCAAGUCUUUCGUCCACCUGGUACAGUCGUACGGAGCCUUGGCGAGGCUGUCAGGAUUCUUGUCUUUGCCGUGGAGGCCCACCAAGUCCAGAACGGAUAGCUAGCUAGACAAACAAUGGUAUCUUAUAGUGGUGUAUCGUAGUCUU